AUGAGGUAGAAAGGUUAAUAACCAAAUAUUUUAAUUUAUUACAAAGAUCGUGUAUUGAUUAUUAAUGAACCUAUUUCUAUAUGCUAUUUUUCAAAUUAAAUACACAUCCAGAUUUGUGUAAUUUUAAAAAGGAUUAAUCAAAAAUAAGAUUUUACCAAAUUUACCUACCUGUCCUUUGAUAACAUAAAUUCUAAACCUACUUUACUUAAUCCUUUGAUAACGGGUAAAUAAUGA